AGGCAGACGUUAGCAUUUAGCAUUAGUGAAGCUCGCCAGUGUGCUCGCUACAAGACAUGUUGAAAGAGUUGGUGAAAGAGCGACUAAUGGCGGCAGCUGAUGAAAUUUUCGCGCUGUUUGAACGGACCAUUGCGUCGUACGAGGAGGAACUUUCUCGAACGAGAGAGAAGGAGCGACAUCGACAACAACUGGAAGCUGCUCGCAAAACUCAAAUUGUGCUACACGUUGAAGACGUUCAGCAGCUGAGUGGUCAUCGGGAAGAACAACCUGCUAAUAAGCCACAGGAGGUAAACCCCACUUUGAAGCAGAAGGAUCCACAGCCCCCCGACUUUAAAGAAGAAGAAGAAAGAGAAGUCUGGAUCAGUCAGUCAGGAGAAGAGUGUCUUCUUGGGCCGCAGGAGGCUGAUCUCACCAAGUUGCCUCUGACUGGUGUCUCUGUGAAGACUGAAGACCAUGAAGACAAACCACAAGUUGACAACCUCUUAGCUCCUCUAUCAGAUAGUGACGACAUGACAUCACAAUCUACUGAGGAUGGAGACAAGGACUACACCCAAGAACCUUUGAGCAGCGAUACGGACUGUGAAGGUGAUGUGAGGACUCACACUGACAACCCACACCCUGAAUGCUCCGACGACAAGACAGGUUUUACCUGCUCAUUUUGUGCCAAACAUUUUUGUAGUAAAAGGGAUUAUGUUCGACACACAGGAACACACACAGGAGAAAAACCUUUCAGUUGCUCCGUCUGCGGUAAAAAGUUCAUUCAAAACACAAAUCUAGAAUCACACAUGAGAACGCACACAGGAGAAAAACCUUUCAGUUGCUCAGUCUGCGGCAAAAGAUUCAAUCAGAAAGCAAACAUGAUGACGCACAUGAGAACGCACACGGGGGAAAAGCCUUUCAGUUGCGCCGUUUGCUGCAAUGCGUUUUCCCAGAGGGCCACGUUGACGGCGCACAUGAGAACACACACCGGAGAAAAACCUUUUCUAUGUCCAAUUUGCGGUAAUACAUUUUCUCAGAGGGCGAGUAUAAAAAAACACAUGACAACAGUCUGUGGUAAAAGAUUCAGUCAGAGCGUGACUAUGACAACACACACAGGAGGGAAACCUUGUAGUUGCUGAGUCGGUGGUAAACAUACGAAUAGGUAAUCAAGUGGGGGAUGUGUGAUGUUGGUUGAGGACAGCAUGAACGGGGUUUUCCCUCACAUCAAAAACUAAUGUGUGUUUAUAUGAAGUCUAAUGCAUUAAACAUUCGGCAGUAUUUACUUUUUUUUUUUAUCGGUUUCAUCGCAGGAAGUUUCACUCAAAUACAGAAAGUACAUUGUACAUUUAAUACAAAACCCAAAACCAGUGAAGUUGGCCCGUUGUGUAAAUGGUAAAUAAAAACAGAAUACAAUGAUUUGCAAAUCCUUUUCAACUUAUAUUCAAUUGAAUAGACUGCAAAGACAAGAUACUUAAUGUUCAAACUGAGAAACUUAGAAUUACAAUUUAAUGGCAGCAACACGUUGCAAAAAAGUUGUCACAGGGGCAUUUUUACCACUGUGUUACAUGGCCUUUCCUUUUAACAACACUCAGUAAACGUUUGGGAACUGAGGAGACACA